AUGGCAGCUCCUUCUUCAUCUUUAUUGUUGUCGAAGGUGAGACCCAGCAUCAAACGCCAAGCCCUGAGCAUAACGGACGCCGCCGGCGUUAGAAUACGCCACCUUCUUCAACAGCGCCAACGUGCUUUUCUUUGGCUCGGCGUCAAGGCUCGCGGCUGCAAUAGCUUAUCCUACAUUCUCAAUUAUGCUGAUAUGGGAGACGGUUUGUUUGGUAACCCCAUCACAAAUACCACUUUAGAAGGACUGCCUGAUUAUGAAAAUAAAAAGAAUAUAGAGCGCAAAGACAGAGCUCGUGUGGCUCUCAACAUGAAGAAUGCAACGGAAAAGAGUAUGAGAGCUGUCCAGUAUCUGCAGAACAUGAAGGAACAAUGUGAUGGUGAACUUGGGGGAACACUUUGCCUACUCUAG